AUGGGGCACACCAAGCUUCCGAGGUAUCGCUAUAAGAGCAGGAGAGGAGCAUUUGCCUCGCGUGCCCUCCAGAACAUGUUUGCGCUCAAAGCUUUCCUUCUGCUUGCCAUCUCCACCCUCGCGGUACAGGCUGCCCCAUUGCCUCAAGAUGCCAAUCCACCCGUUUUCACGGCGACGCGUGAAUACUUGACGCUGACGGAUGUGCCGCCAUACUUCGUAACGUUAACGACUUUAAUCACAUGGACCCAAAGUCCAAGCACGACAAUUGCCAAUCCAACUGGCACGGGGCUCCCGCACGCGCAUUAG